AUCCUCAUCCUCAUCUUCAUCAUCAUCAUCAGUGAGGGAGGGAGGAGACUGAGGUGAUCGGUCAGACCUGCGCUCUCCCUCCCCUCUCUCUCUCUCUCUCUCCCCCCUCCUCUCUCUCUCUCUCUCCCCGGUAGCGGCAGCGGCGGCGGCGGCAGCAGCAUCUCCCGGUAAUCUCUCUCUCUCUCCGGGCUCCAUGCAGGCAGCAGUGUGUCGGAAACACACGACAGGCUUCCCGAUGACCGAGACAUGCUCGCCUUCGCCUUAGUCGCUGGCUCAGUCUGGGUUGUUUUAGAGCUGAGCUCCACUCUUAUGGAGAAGAUGCAGUCUCGGGAUCUGCUGCUGGGUCUUCAUCUGCCUGAGCUGGAUGAUCUGGGUCAGUUUCUGCGCUCUCUGCCCACCUCCGCUCUGCUGGGUCUGGGGGCGCUGACCGCUGUUCUGGCCUACUGGAUCACCAAACGCCCGCGGGCCAUCGUCCCGCCCUGCGACCUCCGGCACCAGUCUCUGGAAGUGCAGAUGGAGGACGGCGCUCGGCGCUCCAUGAUGGGCGAUCGCACCAAACUGCUGGCGUAUUAUCAUGAGGACGCCAAAACCAUGUAUGAGGUGUUCCAGCGCGGCCUGCACAUCACCGGUGAUGGACCGUUUCUAGGCUCCAGACUGCCCAACCAGCCCUACACCUGGCUGUCCUACAGAGAGGUUUCCACCAGGGCUGAGUACGUGGGCUCUGGUCUGUUGUCUCAGGGUUGUCAGCCCAACACAGAUCAGCUGAUCGGAGUGUUUGCACAGAACCGGCCGGAGUGGAUCAUCUCUGAGCUGGCCUGCUACACUUACUCUAUGGUGGUGGUGCCGCUGUACGACACUCUGGGGGCCGACGCCAUACGCUUCAUCAUCAACACCGCCGAGAUCUCCACCGUGAUCUGUGAUAAAGCAGAGAAAGCGGUCGUCCUGCUGGAGAACGUGCAGCGAGGAGAAACGCCCGGCCUGAAGAUGAUCAUCCUGAUGGACACGUUUGACUCUCAGCUCCUGGAGGAAGGACAGAAGUGUGGAGUCCACAUCCAGGCCCUCAGAGACGUCGAGGCUCUGGGAAGAGAAAACCACAGGACACCAGUGCCACCCAGUCCUGAUGAUCUGUCUAUCGUCUGCUUCACCAGCGGAACCACAGGAGACCCGAAGGGUGUAAUGCUGACCCACGGUAAUGUGGUGGCUGAUUUCGGUGGUUUCCUGAAAGUGACAGAUAAAGUCAUCUUUCCGAAUCAAGACGAUGUUCUCAUCUCCUUCCUGCCGCUGGCACACAUGUUCGAGAGGCUGAUCGAGGCGGUGGUGAUCUGCCAUGGCGGAAGGAUCGGCUUUUUCCAGGGUGAUAUUCGUCUUCUCCCUGAUGAUAUGAAGGCUCUGAGGCCCACCAUAUUCCCCGUGGUUCCUCGUCUCCUGAACCGCAUGUAUGACAAGAUCUUCAGUCAGGCCAAUAACUCUGUGAAGCGCUGGCUGCUGAACUUUGCGGCCAAGAGGAAAGGAGCGGAGGUGAGCCGCGGCGUGACCCGCAGCGACAGCAUCUGGGAUAAGAUCUUCUUCCACAAGAUACAGGCCAGUCUAGGUGGUCGGCUGCGUAUGAUCAUCACUGGAGCGGCUCCGGCGUCUCCGUCCGUCCUGGACUUCCUGCGAGCAGCACUGGGCUGCCAGGUAUACGAGGCGUACGGUCAGACCGAAUGCACCGCCGGAUGCACCUUCACCACACCUGGAGACUGGACCUCAGGUCAUGUCGGAGCUCCUCUGCCGUGUAAUCUCAUUAAACUGGUGGAUGUGGCUGAGAAGAACUACUUCGCUGCUAAAGGAGAGGGAGAGAUCUGUGUGAAAGGGCCGAAUGUGUUCAAGGGUUACCUGAAGGACCCGGUGCGGACCGCCGAGACGCUGGAUGCUGAUGGAUGGCUUCACACUGGAGACAUUGGGAAAUGGCUGGCGAACGGCACACUGAAGAUCAUCGACCGCAAGAAGCACAUCUUUAAGUUAGCUCAGGGUGAAUACAUUUCCCCAGAGAAGAUCGAGAGCAUCUACAUCCGCAGUGAACCCGUGUCUCAGCUCUACGUCCACGGGGACAGCCUGCAGUCGUGUCUGGUGGGAAUCAUCGUCCCGGAUCCGGAGGUUUUUCCCUCGUGGGCUCAGAAGAAAGGUUUUGACGGAGGUUUCCACGAGCUGUGUGAGAAUAAAGAGCUGAAGAAAGCUAUCCUGGAGGACAUGGUGCGGCUGGGGAAAGCCAGCGGCCUCCAUUCAUUUGAACAGGUCAAAGACAUCUACAUCCACAAGGAGAUGUUCUCCAUAGAAAACGGAUUGCUGACCCCGACUUUAAAAGCCAAGAGACCCGAGCUGAAGGAGUAUUUCAAGGAGGAGAUCCAGCACCUGUACAGCAGCAUCUCCAUGUAACCAAAGAGCGGGACGUUCUGGCCAUUCCUCCAUCAUCAUCAUCAUUUCUCCUCCCUCAUGGAAAGCAGCUGGCAGUGGAAGCGGCUCUGAGCGAAUGAGCCGUGGGUCCAGACCGAGCAUGAGCUUACAGAAGCAGUGAUCUUCCUCUGGCCGUGAAUGUCAACAGUCGGUGUGCCUUUAGAAAACCAGACCCGAUCACAGCAGAAUCUCCAUCUCCAGCUAGCGUGCAUGUUUCAUUCCUCCUACAGGCAGAGGAUCCGGCGGUGGUGUUUCGUUUAUGGCUCAAAAAGGAAACCCAGCAGAUGUUGAGCUGAAGGCCAUGCAUGCAGGGUGCCGGCGCUCCAGCGUGGACGUCCCCGUCAUUCAACUCAACACUACACUCUUCAUCAGAUCUGUGCGCCGACUCCUCAGAAUCAAUCAUGACUCAAUCUGUCAGCUUUCAUCUAAUAAUCCAGGUCUAGCACAUCUUCUCAGCUUAAAAUAACAUGUAAAAUGUCUAUCAGAGUGGAUUACCUCGAUUAAUGAUGUAAAAACAGGGGUAGCUCAGUCUUUCAGCUUCUCGUGUAUCCCCAGCAGGCACACAAUGUCAUAAGACGUUGAUUUUAGGUUAGAUUUAGGUUGUGACAUCAGGUGACCAAAAUUCAAUAUCUAGCCAGCGUCUAAUGGCAAUGUUAUUGUUCAAUAAUGACGUCAAGUGACGUUGAUAUUUGGUUGACUUAAGGUUGUGUUGGAAACAUCUAAAACAAAUGUUAUAUUGAUGUCAAAUACUGACAUUCAUUCAAAAUCCAACGUCUGAUAGACGUCAUAGUGGUAACGUCCACACAACGUCAAGCUGUAACAUCAUUAGACGUUGAUAUUUGGUUGAUUUUUAGGUUGGAUGUUGGACAUUGAUAUUGGCCUGAUGUUGGGUUCUGAUGUCAACCCGAUUAUCAUUUCCAAACAAAAUGCAACGUCCCACGAUGCUGGGGUACAACAUGUUGAUGUUCUGUGCCUGCUGGGUCAGAUUGAACUCCUUACACACUGCCUCUGUUUUACAUCUUUAUUUAAGGUGGUAUCCCAAAAUAAAGAUGUAAAAACAGGCUAGCACUUAUUGUCAGCUUCAAAUGUCUCCCAGCUUAAAUAAGGGUAUAAAACAGAUUGUUUUCUAGAUUUACAGGAAAACUCACUUCAUUUUGACUUGUUAUUUCCAAAAACAAAACAGUUUUACUUGCUUGAAAAAAAAGCUUCUUUGUUUGAAUAUGUUUAGAUAUUAGUCCAUCAGAUGGAGAUUCAGUGCCAGAAUCUGGAUUGGGUUGUAAUUUCUUGAUUGUAAUUUGGUUCACAGCAAUAGCCGACACAGAACACCACACAAAUAAAUAUAAAAGGUCCUACAAAAAUCAAUUAGAAUAAAAUAAAAUGAUCAUUUUUAAGUAAACAAAUCAACUACCUAUCAAAACAUGUGCAAACAGCAGGAGAAUCCAAUGUACAGAAGCAAAAUACAACCUAAAUCAAGAAGUAUCGUCCAGACAAGCAAACCAUAAUGUUUUAUUUUCAGAACACAGCACAUCUUGUCAGCUUCAAACAUCCAUCAGAGAGAACUACCACCUUAAAUAAGGGUGUAAAAACAGUUCAAACAUCCAUCAGAGUGAACUACCACCUUAAAUAAGGGUGUAAAAACAGUUCAAACAUGCAUCAGAGUGAACUACCACCUUAAAUAAGGGUGUAAAAACAGUUCAAACAUCCAUCAGAGUGAACUACCACCUUAAAUAAGGGUGUAAAAACAGUUCAAACAUCCAUCAGAGUGAGCUACCACCUUAAAUAAGGGUGUAAAAACAGUUCAAACAUCCAUCAGAGUGAACUACCACCUUAAAGUUUUUAAUUGAAUAAGUUUUAUAUUUAAUUCAUUUGUUGUUCAUUAGAGCAGUAGUUAAUUGCAGUUGACAUCUGAAGCUAACACAAAGUGCUGCCCCUGUUUUUACCCCCAUAUUAAAGCUGCUUGUUCAUUCUGAUAGACGUUUGAAGAUGCGCUAGUGCUGAUUUAUUAGCUGAAACAUGACAGAUUGAGCUAUUUUGAAGAGUUGAUCAGCACAGAUCGUCUGAACACCAGUGCGACCGCGGUGUGACUCUCUCUGCCAGACCACUCGCUUUUCAGUUCGUUCACCCCGAAGCAUUUCAGUAGUAGUGUACAUUUUUGAAGAAAACUAGAUGUGAGAAUAUUUAAGCAAUGAUUUGACGUGUAGAGAAACCAAUAAGAUUUGAAUCUGCUCUUGAAUGAUAUCAGAACUUUCUCUUUGUGUUUAAAGGACAGAGCUGUUGAUUUAUUUAUGAUCACACUUCAGCACAUUCUCACUCCCGACUCCUCGUUUAGUGAUGCUCUGGACAUCCUGUUGGCGUCACUUUUACAUUCUGCAUCUGAUUAUACGGUGUACUGCGUGUAUUUGUCAAGUACGAAUCAUUUGAUAAAGAUGCAUACUUUCAGAGAGUGUUGUCAAAAAUGUAUCGAUAAAUAUCUAUACUCAACUAUUUAAAGUGAUACAGUCUUGCUUUUGGUUUGUUUCAAUACCAAAAUCAGAAGGGAGAUGAAUAAUUGAUAAUACUAUUACGAUUUUAACACUUUAACACUUUUUUAUCCCCUAAUUUAUUGUUUCGGCCUGUUAACACACCUGGUGUUGGACGCAUUAAACGGUUUAGUUUUUUCUUCAUUUGCAUACUUUUAAUGUGGCGGAAUUUGCUCUCCAUGGUAUCAAAAACAGUAUUGAAUAUUGAUAUUUUCAAGGUAUCGUAUCGUAUCGAGUUCCAGUAUCCUGACAACACUACUGUCAGCCAUGUUUUGGAGCAUUUUCCACACCCGUAAUCCUAAACCUGCCCACUUCUCAACAACAUAAAGAAGCAGCAGGCAAAUAAAAGUGGAAUCAUGUCUAUUUAUUACAAAACCUGACAUAUGAAAGCAAUAUAAACAAGUCCUGUUGCAUUGUGAGUCUUAUACCAUGGGUUUAUGGGACAAAUUGAGUCAUUUCUGAUGUUUUGACACUUUAGCCAGAGGUUGUGUCAGUUCCUCACAGAAAUAACUCGCACUGACAUGGAGGACUUGAAUAGUCCUAUCUUCUUAAUAAACUGCGCCUGUAGUUGCAUCUGUUCGCUUUAACCUGUUUAAUAUUGACGAAUGGAUGUAUGGAUGGGUUAGGAGCUGGGUUACUUGCUCGUAAAUCUGUUCAUGGUGUAAAGUAGUUUUGACUGUUUACUUUGGAAAAACGCACACCCCAAUAACAGCCAAAUUAUUACCCAGUAUAUCAUUUAAUCUCAAGGUUAAAAUUGCAGACGCCCUUCGGACUAGCAUAUCAACACCAAAGGUUUUAAAGCAAGGAUAACCCUAUGCUUUACGAAGGGGUUCACUGAGCGUCAGUAUAUAUAAUGACAUCAUUAUAAUGCUAUAAUUCUAUAUAUAUAUAUUAUUGUAGAGCAGUCGGGAGUGAGAAUGUGUCACUCAGUUGUUUUAGUUUUCUUUUUAUGGCAUUAAAACACGACGCAUUUCACUCGCCGCCUUUCGUAGGCCUCCUCAGUCGGCCUGUGUUGUGUUUCUGCUAGAAUGUUUCUGUAGCUAAUUUAAGGAUCAGGGUUAUUUUGGUGUUCAUUGAUUUAUUCCUCUCAGAGGUUAUUCUCCUUACGGAUGCCCCAGCUUUCUGCUCACUGUUUUAUUUACAGAUCAACACAAUUGAUUCCUCCUAAGUUCAGGCUCGGGGUUCAGUGGUGAGAAUCAUCAGAGCGUCUGUUUAAUACGCAUCGUCAAGUGUUCCAGUCUUUCCGUCAAACAGCACGUAGACAUUCGCCAGUAUGAGCGGUGAGCCUUACACAUUUUAUGUUACAAUUUGGAGAAGAAAAGGUUUGUUUCCCCUUGAUUUUGACCAUCGGUUUGUGUUUUGGUAAUUAUAACAGUUCACCUGCAUCUUUUCCUGAUAAUAAAGUCUUUUCUGCGCAUGUACAUCUCUGCAUAUUCACUAAAAUAGUGAUGAGUGAGCAAAAGAUGUAAAAAUAAAGAAGAAUUCUUUGUAA